AUGCCAACAUCGCUGUCUGCAGUCGAAAUCCACCAGCCCAAACAACAGCACCAACUACCUCGGUCGACUUCAGUGCCUUUGUGGUCACGCCUCUGGUCCACGUGGUUUCCUCCUUCCUCCUCUUCGAUUUCGCCCAGAACUCCUUCUAUUGACCGUCUUCACGUCAUCUCACGCCGUGUCACCGCUCCCGGUGGCUUCUUCGAGGCCAACAGAGAUGGAUUUUCCCCUGGCGUGUCUUUUAGUGCCUCUACUUCCUCCUUUCCGUCCUCCCCUACAGACUUGUUAGAGGAUGUAAAUGCCUGCUCUAACGCCGAAAAUGCCAAAGAGGAGAAUGUCAGUUCUUUUAAGACUUGGGAAAAUUUGCAUGCCUCCAAUGGAAGCAGCUUCUAUGUUUACUCUGCAGAGAACGUCGAGAAGGUGGGGGCACCACCAAAUAGUCGUCAAAUUUACGAAUCGUGCGAUGGGACAAUUUACGGUAUAGACUCAAAACUUCAACGCAUUCGCAAGUGUCCCAUUCCACAAGAUCCCUUCCUCUCGCCUUACCUCGCCUCUGAUGAACUUUUCAGUUUGCUGCCACCCCUUGCUAUUGUGGUACGUCACUCGGAGGCCAUUCAUAGAGGAUUGGACUUUUUCAUAGGGCUAGUUAGAACCUAUAAGAGUCGACUAAAUGGGUUAUGCUACUUAUAG